CGAUAUAGACCACUACUAAGUUAGUAGCGUCGAAAUUCUUGGCCACCAGCAGAUGCUGCAGAGUUCGUUAUUAUAUCUUUUCCAAGUGCGUGGCGAAAACUCUGAACCUCUCAGUUGGAAAUUCCUCGAACAAGUGUCGAACUUGGACACCGAACUACGCUCCGAGACAGUUUUAAACAAAUUUAAGUCCGCAAAUGUCAACGGCACUACUGUUGUGGCAAAUCCAUUGCUAAGCGAGGACAACUGCACUUUAAUGAACAACAGCUGUCAGCCAGAAGGGACAUUAACCAAUCCGACUCCAGCGCCAUCUCUUAACGGCACUCUGACCGGCAUUUCGAGUCGUCCAGACACCACCAAUGCCUUGAACACUGACAGGCAACAACGGCAGCACACCAGCAAUAAAGUCAUCGACGCGGGGAAUGGCGAGGUGAACCAGCUGGAGGCAAUCCUUGGGUAA